CCAAGUUGACCUCACAAAAUACUCAUUGUCAUUCACUUACCGAUAACCACCAUAAACUCAAUGAUAACCUUCUCCAACCUUCUCUUUCUCUGGUGAUGAUGAUGACGGCUACAAACUAUCAAAAGUUUUACAAAAAAUUAUGUUCUCUCCUCGUUUGCCGGUAGACUGGCUCGGACGUUUUUAAGUAGAUUUCCAGUAGAGGUCUUUUUUUCAAUCCUCCUUUAACGUCAUACCAGUCGGGUUCGGAUGUUUAUUGUCACGAUUGUGCAACAAUGUUACAUAAAUGAUGAUAUUUUUGAAGAACAAACAUUAAUCUAUAGUGAUUGUGAUACUUUAUUGAGCAUAAUAAUUAAAUAAUUAUUAGGUUUGGGGAUUUAAGUAGUACGCACUUUGUGUUUCCUCUAGAACGUUUAAAUGUUGGGUUUGACAUGGAUAAUACCAGAUUGACUGCCGUAGUAAUGAUGAUUAUUUAUUGUUUUCUUAAAUGCAUCAAUGCUUCUCCACUAGACAACGAAGAUAUAAACGAAGAAGACACGACUCCAAUCUGCAUAAACCAAAUGGGAAAAAAACUCCACUACAUUCCUCAAGGACAAUUUUCCAUUAUCAGCGCAAAUUUCGCUUACAACGUCAUCGAAGAACUACCUCCAUACGUUUUCUAUAAAAAUUUGUACAAGAAUUUGGAAAUUCUCGUAUUAAGCCACAAUAGGAUCUCCAACAUAGAUGCAGAAGCUUUUCGAGAAUUAAGACAAUUGAGAAAAGUGGACUUGUCUAGUAAUAACAUCACUCAUCUAGAGGCGAAUGUUUUUAGGCAAAGUCAUAGACUGGAAAGGGUGGAUUUGAGCUUCAACAACAUAAUCACAGAUCCAGAAAAACCUUUAUUCAAGUCCCAAUCUGUACAAACUUUAAUAUUAGCCUACAACCAAAUAGUCAAUGUGUACGAUAUAACUUUUGCAAGGCUACCAAAUUUGCAAAUCCUCUUCUUGGACAAUAACCUAUUAUUUUACUUAUCGCCGAACUGUUUCGUACAUUUACGGCAUCUUCAGUACGUGUCCUUGAGCAAUACAAACGUUUUUAAAUUAACAAAUAGUAUGUUUAAAACGAUACCGAGAUUAAUGGAUUUAAGUGAAACACCUUUGGCUAAAAAAUUCGAGCCACCUUUGAGGAAAGUGAGAAGUGGUCAGUUGGUGAAGCUUAUGGAUAUUGAAGAAUAUAUUUCAGAUCUAGAUGAUAGUUAAGCGUGAAUCUGUGAUUAGUUGAAUAUUUUUAAAAUAGAAAUUGAGACUGCACAUAAUAUUUUUAAGUGUAGGUUAAUUUUAAAUUUGAUGCUUUUUGGAUUCAAAUAAGUCGCGUUUUUUUUUUUUUUUUGAUGAAAAGCAUAGCCAAAGAGUAAAAAAGAUUUCUACAAAACCUUGGUCAAUUUUUAAAGAAAACUGGAGGAUAUUUUAUUUAUUUAUUUAUAACUUUUCUCAACUCAACCAAAGUGACAAGUUGAAUGCCUUAUAUCGUUCAAUUUUCUAUAAAAAAAAAUAAAAAAUCCAAGAUAUUGUGAAGAUUUAACUUUUGGUGAGUGUCUUUAUUAUUUUAACCUAGAAAUAAAUUUGAUGAAUGUUGCUUCCACAAGGACUAUUCGUAUAAUUGUUUUGGUAUAACGACUGAAAAACUAGUUUCUCUUCUUGUAGAAGAAUUUUUGUUUAAUUAUAAUUAUUUCAUGCUCAUAUCCAUAUAUUAUAUACAACUUUUAUAUGUUGUUGAAAGUAUUAUUAUUUUAUUGAUGGCUUUUUUAUGUUUAUUUUGUUUUCUAUUAUUUAUAAUUUAUUUGUUGUUGAAUAAUUGAAAUAAAUAUUAUUACAAUAUGGA